UUGUAUCGGGAGACAUGGCGACGUCCCUGAUUUGCGGCUGUUUGACGGCUAGCCUGAGAUCUUCGGGGGCCAGAAACACUAUCAGCUCUGCUUCAAAGGUCCUUGGCAGCACCACGGGUCUGUUCGGUGGCCAUGUGUCCCAGCUGCAGCCUCCCCACCUGCAGCAGCAGCAGAGGAACCUCUCCCUACAUGAAUACAUGAGUAUAGGCCUGCUGAAAGAAGCCGGCAUCUCCGUACCGGCGGGAAUGGUGGCCAGCUCCUCCGACGAGGCCUACGAUGUGGCUAAGAAGAUCGGCUCCAAGGACCUGGUGGUGAAAGCUCAGGUUCUGGCUGGAGGCAGAGGGAAGGGGACGUUUGAGGGUGGGCUGAAGGGAGGAGUGAAGAUCGUUUACUCCCCAGAAGAGGCUCGGGAAAUUUCCUCUCAGAUGAUUGGUCGAAAACUGUUCACCAAACAGACCGGGGAGGCGGGUCGAAUCUGCAACCAGGUGUUCAUCUGCGAGCGCAGGUACCCGCGCAGAGAGUACUACUUCGCCAUCACCAUGGAGAGGUCUUUUCAGGGUCCUGUGCUGAUUGGCAGCUCGCAGGGGGGCGUGAACAUCGAAGACGUGGCAGCAGAAAAUCCAGACGCCAUUGUGAAAGAGCCCAUCGACAUCGUAGAGGGCAUUAAGAAGGAGCAAGCUGUCAAGGUUGCUCAGAAGAUGGGCUUCCCAGAAGCUCUGGUGGACGAGGCGGCGGAGAACAUGAUCAAGCUCUACAAUGUUUUCGUCAAGUACGACGCAUCCAUGUUGGAGAUCAAUCCAAUGGUGGAAGAUUCCUCUGGUGUCGUAAUGUGCAUGGACGCAAAAAUCAACUUUGACGCCAACGCAGCGUAUCGCCAGAAGAAGGUGUUUGAUAUGAGGGACUGGAGCCAGGAGGAUCCCAGGGACCAACAGGCUGCCAAGGCUGACCUCAACUACAUUGGUCUGGACGGGACCAUCGGCUGUCUGGUUAACGGUGCUGGUCUGGCUAUGGCCACCAUGGACAUCAUCAAGCUCCACGGUGGCACACCGGCCAACUUCCUGGACGUAGGAGGCGGGGCCACAGCCCACCAGACGGAGGCGUUCAAACUCAUCACUUCAGACCAGAAGGUUCAGGCCAUCCUAGUCAACAUCUUUGGAGGCAUCAUGAGGUGUGAUGUCAUCGCUCAGGGCAUCAUCAUGGCUGUGAGAGACCUGGAUCUCAAAAUCCCCAUCGUAGUACGGUUACAAGGAACGAGAGUGGACGACGCCAAAGCUCUGAUCGCUUCCAGCCCCCUGAAAAUCCUGGCCUGUGACGACCUGGAUGAAGCUGCAAAGAUGGUUGUAAAGCUUUCUGAAAUCGUUUCGUUGGCGAAAGAAGCUCAAGUGGACAUCACCUUCCAGCUGCCCAUCUAAGGAAUCCUCUCUCUUCCCUGUCGCCCCUCAACGACCUCCGUCCCCUCCACCCCACUCACCGACAGAAGGACCGACGUCUCCAGACGUGUCCGCCUUCAUCUCAGUCGUCUUUCCCGAUGGCAAGACUCUGAACGGCUCCCACUUCAAGCAAACUACUUCUCCACGCUCUGUGUCGUUUGCACAUCUCAGUCAAUCCCACAAUGUUUAGUCGCACUUAGAAUGAAACGCACAAGCCGCUCCCAGCUUCAAGACCCUCCUCUAUUCUCCACAACUCUGAGAGAACGACUCGCAAUCCGUCGGUCUGUUUACUUCCUUACUUGCUUGAAAAACCUGGUCUAAAAUAGAAAGGUUAUCUCGUUCACUGCCGAUCACAUUUAGCUUAUAAUCCAGUUCAGGACAGACAACGAACAAUCGUUAAGCGUAUUCAGAUGUUUCUCAUGGUCACAGACGAAUUGUUCAGAUUGUUUCAGACUGAACACAUGAGACUUUCUGGCUUCCUGAUUGUCGUUGCUUCAUUGACAAAUGGGAAGUCGGUAAGUUUUUUGUUUUUGUUGUUUUUAGAAGAAAGUUUGCUGGUGGUCUUUUCAAACACAAGAGUUUCAGGUGAAUCUUUUAGAAUUUCAAGACCAAGUCAGUAUUUUUUGGUCUCUCAUACGAUCCAAGUUAUUGCAGAUGAGUUUGUCGAUUUUCGUCUGGUACCCUAAUAAAAUCAAAAUUCAUUAAAUAAUGCUGUCAGGAAAAUUACGUCAGUGUUCAGAUUUAUUGAACGUGUAUUCGGAUAGAUAUGUAGAGAAAUGUUCAAUUAAAUCACAAUUUGGUGAUGAUUUUUCUUGCAGUUCAGUUUGUUGAAAUGCUAGGCUAACACACUUUAUGCUAUAUUAUAUUUCAGUUUUUAAAACUGAAUGGCUGGAGCUUUGACUGCUUUCUGAUCAGUGGAAACAGCUGUUUAUAUAUAUAUGAGCGUUAGCAGUUCAGAUGCACAACAGAAACAUCAGAACAUCUCUGCUGCUUGAAAGUAAAUUGUACAUAUUCUGCUUUGUCCUUUUGGUCCUUUUUGGACCUUUUUGGACCUCAAAUCUUUUCCAGACUAUACAACAUUCUACUUCUAUUAAUAUUAAACCGUAAAGAAGAGAUAUUGGAUAUUAUCCUUAAUUGUGUCCUUUGCUUUUAACUUCUCAUGAGUCUGUCACAGGAAACAAUCUUUCUAUCAUUUUUCUUUUUUUUUAUAUAAUGCAAAAACUUAAAAUUCAUAGACUUGGAGUGUUUGAAGCAUGUUUUUCCCUCUAGUAUUUCCUAAUUGACUCAAAUGGUGUUCAGGAAGUAGGAAGUAAAAGCUGAUGAUCCCGAGUCUCACGUCUUUGUUUUUCCCUUUUUAAAUCUCAAAUCUCCUGUCGUCUUGAGUGCCGGCUCAAAACUGUUUGAGGAACCACUACUGUUCUUUUAUGUUUUUUUUCCUUAGGUUACAAAAAAAAUAGUUUGCUGCUGGACUCUUCAUCUAAUCCGUUAGCUGAAGAGGCCAGCUAAUAUUUUUUAUAGAUAAAUAAAACCUGCAGGAGCCGUCGCACAGCAGCUGCUUCUCUUCCUUUCUGUGUCUAAGGUCAGAGUCUUGCUCGUCUGCGCCCCCCUCAGAUGAACUGUGAAACAACCGUAGUUGUUUCCUCCCCUCUCCUUGUUUCUCCCCUCCACUUCCCCUGCCUCAGCGUUGCGAACACGAGCAAACAUUGUGAGUUGUACGUUAUUUUAUCUUGUAAAUAACCAGACUGCUGUUCUCACUCUGUAACAUAUUUAUGAUCCUCUGAAAGAGUUCAACAUUGAAAAGAAUAAAUAGAGAACAGCAAGGUU